CAGUGAUGUUCCUGCUGCUUGAGUUCCUCUGCUCUCCAUCCCUCUCUUCUUCCUCCUCCUCCUCCUCCUGCAGGACUCCAGGGCUGGGAAUCGGGCGAUAGGGCUCUGAAACCCAGCAGAGGAACGGGCCUAGCUGAGCCCACAGAUGGGGACCAGCGUGCAGCCCUAAGGGAGGAUCUUAAGGGCCAUGAUCACCUGGCAUAAUGGCACGGUGCCUAGCCACCAAGAAGAAGAGGAAAGCGCAGAUGAGUACCAAAGGUCGGAGUGUGUACUCGGCUACAUCCCUGUCAUCUACUACAGCAUUCUCUUGUGUGUGGGAGUUCCAGUAAACAUCCUGACAUUGGUGGCGCUGUCCCGCUUGGCCGCCCGUACUCAAAAGGCCCUGUAUGUCUACCUGCUUGCAUUGACUGGUUCGGACAUCCUCAGUCAACUCUUCAUCAUCUUUGUGGGCUUCCUACUGGAGACCGCCGUGUUCCACCGUGAUGUUCCUGUGGUACUGUUGCGUUCUGUCAGCGCACUGGAGUUUGCUGCCAACCAUGCAUCCAUUUGGGCCACCGUUCCACUGACCGUCGAUCGUUAUGUUGCCCUGUGCCACCCUCUGCUCCACCGGCAGAUCAGCUAUCCAGCCCGGGCACGACGCAUUAUUACCGUCGUCCUGACACUGGCUCUAGCAUCUGGUGUGCCCUUCUUCUGGUGGUCAGAUGUGUGGAGGGUCAGCAGCCCCCCCAACACCCUGGAUUCCACCCUCAUCUGGGUCCAUGUAACCAUCAUCUACUUCCUGCCAUGCAGCAUCUUUCUGGUGUUAAAUUCGCUAAUCAUUUUGCGACUGCGUAGGCGCCAGCACCAGCAAAGGCGCCAGGAGGACAGCAGACAGCAGCGGGCAUCUGCAGGGAGGCUGGGGAAAACGACAGCAAUGCUGCUGGCCAUCACUUCUGUGUUCACAGUGCUGUGGGCCCCACGGACAGCCGUGGUAAUCUAUCACCUCUACGUGUCGUCUGUUCACAGGGACUGGAGUGUGCACUUAGCUUACGACCUGGCAAACAUGCUAGCCAUGCUAAACACUGCUGUGAACUUCUUCCUCUACUGCUUUGUCAGCAAGCCCUUCAGAGGAGCGGUGAGGGAUGUGCUGCUCUUGAAGGGGGCGCCACUGCACCCACCAAGAUCCUUCCACCACCGGCAUGUCUCUGCCAACACUUCCAACUCUUCUCUGUCCAGCAACGCCAAGCGCUCUCACAGAGAUGCCACCCCACUAUCAGCUCUCAGUGCAGAUAUCACUGCAUAGCACCAGGCCUGUCAGACUGUGAACUGCAAGAAGGCCUUCUACCUCUCAUGUUGUUUACUGGGGUACUGGGACUGUCCUUAAAGGAAUAGUUUUCACCCAAAUGUAGUGAAUCAGCCAACAUUGCAGUCUGAGAUGCAGUCUCUUUAAUUUUGUACAGAAGCAGAAGUGUCAAACUCGGUUCCUUUUGGGUCAUAGCUCUGCAACAAUCAGAGGCGCCACUAUUCUAAAGCUAGCAGUAUAACACACAUGUCAGAAUCUAGCCAAGUCAAGUCAAGUUAAAGUUUAUUUAUAUACCGCUUUUUACAACAGCUGCUGUCACAAAGCAGCUUUUACAGAAAAAUCUGUAUCCAAGCCCCCAUGAGCGUCACAAAUGGUGACAGUGGCAAGGAAAAACUCCCUAAGAGCAAGAGGAAGAAAUCCUGAGAGGAACCAAGACUCAAAAGGGGAACCCAUCUUCCUCUGGUUGACAUCAGAUAGCAAACAGCGUUAAUAUAAAAUAUUAGAAUUCAAUGGUUAAUUAGAUACUUUGGUUAAUUAGAUACUUUGAGUUUAUGCAGCAGCAGCAGGAGGGUCAGUUCCUGCUGGUGAGCUCUGUACAACAUGAAACUCCAUGGUGGUCAAAACGGUGCAGGUGCAUGACAGCCUUGCAUCAGUUAACUGGCAAAGGCCUUCUUAUACGGAAUUCAUGACAUAAGAAAAGGGAAAUUGCUAAUCUCUGCAGAGCUGUGGCCCCAGAGAAACCCUGUUUGACAUAUUUGGUCUAGGUGUUAAGCCAUCUGUGACUGGGAAUCCAUUUAGUUAAUAUAAUCCUUUCUUUAAUGCUUAUUGGAAAACCAGCAUGACCACCUUAAAAUCUGAUUUGCGGCCAGGAGGUUCCCACUCUCCCAAAUUUUGCAAUGCAAAAAAAGACCAAAUAAACUUGAAGUCCACUCACUCGUUGCCACAACAACAGCACUUUUCUUAAGUGUCCAAGAGCACUGAUGGACAGCUGCCAGUCAUCCGCUUCGUCUCCAGUCAUGCCCAUCACCUUCAUCAACUCCAGAGCAGUGUGUGGUUUUUUUGUUUGUUUGUUUGUUUUUAUUUUUUACAUCCUCGUCAUUGUCUAUUGCUCUUUCUUUGGCAUGGACAUUCAUACCUCAGCAUACAGUAUUUAUUUCUAAAAAACUCAGACGUAUUUUAGCUCAUUAUGAGUUUUGUGACUUAAUGUUUGACAUAAAUGGCUGUGACUCAGAUGUUGACCUGAUGUUGUUUUUGUCACUGUGUGAAUUCACUCAGGCAGUGGUUGGCAACAUCGUGUUUUUUGUUCUUUGUUGAUUGCUUUUGUCAUUUUCAUGUCAUAAUCACAGUAUCCAUGUGAAUUAUACAGUACAUUCCCAUCGGAUUCCUUCACAUUCCAAACUUCAUUAUAUCUCCAGACACAUAGUUCCUUCCUACAGUGAUAAAGUGGCAUGACUAGGUCUAUGAGUUUUUCUGUUGUACGGAUUAGGCCCCUAAAAAAAAAGUAUUAAAACAUUUCAUUUUUAUGAAUGUCCUGAAUGAUGAA